AUGGCUUCUGUUGGGAGAAAUGUUCUAGCUCCGUUGCUUUUUCUGAACUUGCUCAUGUAUUUGAUUGUUCUUGGUUUUGCUAGUUGGUGUCUCAAUAGGCUCAUCAAUGGCCAAACUUAUCACCCAAGUUUUGGUGGAAAUGGUGCAACCACGUUCUUCUUGAUUUUUGCGAUGUUAGCUUCUGUUCUUGGUAUUGUGUCGAAAUUUAUAGGUGGAAAUCACAUCAGGGCAUGGAGGAGUGACAGUUUAGCAUCUGCUGGAGCUACAUCAGUUGUUGCUUGGGCUGUUACUGCUCUAGCCAUGGGGUUGGCUUGCAAGGAGAUACACAUAGGAGGACAUAGAGGGUGGAGGCUGAAGAUGGUGGAAGCUUUCAUAAUCAUACUGACAUUCACACAAUUGUUGUAUUUGUUGCUGAUCCAUGCAGGGCUGUACAAUAGUAGAUAUGGUCCAGGAUAUCGUGAUACUGACUAUGGUGUUGGAGGCGGAACUACUGGUGAUCCUAUGCACAAGGGUGUUCCAGCUACUCGUGUUUAA